UAUGGUGUACUGUUAAAGCCGGGCGACCCACACCAAGGUGUCGCCCGCUCACGCUUGACCACAUCCAAAUGGCAAGUAGACGAUUCCCACUAGUUGGUACAAUGUCAAGCACAGGGACGAACGGGUCGGGCGGCGUCAAGCCAUCCCCGAUCCUCACAGCCACCGUCGCCAAGCCGAUGACUCCCAAGGUGGUGGAACCAGAAAUGCCGUUGGGCACGGGUCCGGACGGCAUCCGACUGGGCAGCGCGAGCGACGAACCUGCCGCACCCACCGACGCCACCACCAACACCGACGCCACCACCAAAGAGAAGCAGGAACAGGAACAAAAGGAAACGAACGCACCGACGGCGUCCAGGUCGAGCGACGCCACCACCACCAGCACCACCGCCGCCGCCACACCGGCCAAAGGGCGCCAGUCGGUGCAGCUCGUCCCGCUGACGUACUACCCGCUCGAGACGCAGGCGACGCUGAACCGCAACCUGCGGCGGGUGCUGAGCAAGCCGUACGCCAAGUACUUCCACCCGGCGCUGCACAUCUACAGCGACGCGACGGAGGCGAUCCGCAGCCCGAUGCCGCGGUCGGGGUACCUGCCGCUCAAGCAGGCGACCAAGCUGCUGAACCACGGGCACCACGAGCACGAGAACGGGUGGAUGGGGCUGGAGGACGGCGGGGCGUACGUGGCGUCGCGCACGCGGUUCGGGCGCGAGACGACGGGCGACAUGGUGCGCUGGUGGUUCUGGUGGCACUCGCUGGAGAGCGAGCGGUACGCGCUGUGGUUCCCGCACUGCCACGUGCGGGUGGUGGUGGCGUCGGGGGCGGAGCGGGGGCUGCUGGAGGACCGGACGGUGCCGCACGUGCGCAAGUGGCUGGGGGUCACGCACCGGGUGACGGAGCACAUUGGGGCCAAGGAGGUGUCGGUGCACCUGCGGUUCGUGGACCCGGCGCAGUACGGGCUGCCGUGGGACAAGCUGCAGGGGGCGGGCUACGAGGCGGCCGUGUGCGCCGAGGUGAGGGACGGCUGGGAGCCCCGGCUCAAGAUUGGCGACUUUGUGCACCUGUGGCGCCGCGACCCGGCCACGGACGAGCUGGAGCUGCGGAGCAGGUAUUGGUUCGGCAACGAGGUCAGCCUGGACCUGCCCGGCGGCUUCAAGCUGCCCCUGGAUCUGCCCGCCCGCCUGCUGGGCAUCAAGAAGAUGAGGGCCGGCCCGUCCCUAGCCUACGAGCACUUUAUCCACGACCAGACCGAGUUUACGAACCUCGCCAGCUUCCUGCCGGAGCUGUAUGCGGAAUGGAACGCGGGCAAGCUUUGAAUGGGGGAGGGGAGAGGCCAGGGGGGGUCCGGAUGUCCCGGAAGCCUUGCAUGUUGCUUGAUGGGUGUAUAAUUUCUUGAUGCCAUUUUUUGAGUUUUUGUGUGUCGUGGCCGGAUGUGGAUUCUCUGCAGGAAACCCCCAAGGACAGACAGUUCAAAUUGAUUUUUUUUUGGCUGGUAUAUACUGUAA